AUCUGGGUUUGUUCAUCUUCCAUACUCCUUCUGAGGUUCUCUUUACUUCUUCUCUUGGCUUAUCAACGGAAGCUAUAUAGCUGAACUGCGGCUUCGAAACUGUUCUGUUUUGGGAAGUUUUCAUAGUUUUGGAGUUGGGUUUUGUUUCUGCGUCUUUGGUGCUGUAGAAAGGAAAGUGUGCUCGAGCUCUUACUUCUGCAAAACCUGAAUUUGGGAAAAGUUCCCUGCUUUGUCUUCGACUUCUCGGGCAAAACGGUACGUAUCUAUAUUCGGAUUGUAUCUGAUUGAGAAAUGUAAAUAAAAUUCUUUCAAAUAGUUAUAUUGAAUGAACAGAACAAGGAUACUCUAUUAUUGAAUGGGGAAUGAUGUUGCCGAGGUUGUGGGAGCCCUGCCUCAUUCUCAUGCCAGCAUCAAGGUGCACCGGUUGAUGUGCACAGAGCUUAUGAAAUUUGUUGAUAGAACCUCACAGAUAUUACCGGUUGUAGAAUCAGCUCGACCGCGAUGCACAAUGGGAAUACAAGCUCUGUGUUCGGUAAAUCUUGCAAUAGAGAAAGCCAAGGCACUGAUUCAACAUUGUGCAGAAUGUAGCAAACUCUACUUGGCAAUCACAGGAGAGGCAAUAUUAUCAAGAUGUGAAAAAGUACGUAAGAUGUUGGAGCUGAGUCUAACUCAAAUACAGAAUGUGGUUUCCCUGGCGUUGGCAGGACAGAUAUCUGGAAUUGUUGACGAUCUUCGGGAUGCUAAAUUUCUCAUGGAGCCUUCUGAAGAAGAGGCUGGGAAGGUUAUGCUAGCUUUGCUUCGGCGGGACCCAAUCGCAUCAGAUCCCAUAGAAACUUCAGAAUUUGUGGCAUUUCAAAUUGCUGCAUUGAAGUUGCAGCUCACAUCCCCAAAGGCUCUCUUGAUAGAGAAAAGAUCUAUUAAAAUUCUUCUUGGCGAAGUCUCCGAUACUGAUAAGAAAAAGGAGAAGAUCCUGAAGUACCUACUUUAUAUUUUGAGGACGUACGGAAAAUCAGUUCAGAGCGAACAAAAAGAUGUAGCUAUUGUUCAGCAUGAGGAUUCAGAUGCAUGCACUAAAUCUGCAUGUAAUGGUGCUGUAUGUGAUGAGUCUAUUGAACUGGAACCACAUGUUCAAUAUGGGUCUGAUGAGGCUCAAACUGAUGCACGUAGGACGCCCAUUCCUCCUCAGGAGUUCAGAUGCCCAAUUUCUUUGAAACUUAUGCAUGAUCCUGUCAUCAUUGCUUCCGGUCAAACAUUUGAAAGGAUGUGGAUUGAGAAUUGGUUCAGUGAGGGACAUGAUACAUGUCCAAAGACCCAAGUAAAGCUGCCCCAUUUGUCAAUGACUCCAAACUUUGCCAUGAAGGACCUCAUUUCCAAGUGGUCUAGGAGGCAUGGGAUCCCUAUUCCUGACCCAUGUUCAAAGUCAACUCCUGGGUCACUUAGCUCAUGGAAAACUUCAUCUUGCAGUUCCAUUGUUAGCUUUGGAAGUUCUCUGAAUGAUGUGACUUUUCCAAUUGAUGUCAGCGGUGUUUCACUUGAUUCUUUGGAUGCUAGUUAUGCUUCUGAUUCAUCACAUGUUAAGAUUGUAGAUGCCUCGAGUUUGGUACCCCCUCGGAUGAAUAGUGGUUUUCAUGGAUGCCAAUCUUCUGUGAACUCCAAUAAUUGGAUUGGUUCAGUAUCUCUCUCUAAACUUGCUGAACUUCCAUGGGAAUCACAAUGCAAAGUCGUGGAAGAUGUUAAAAACCAUUUGAAAGAAGAUGAUCAGGCAUGGUUCUAUUUGUUUUCCGAUUCCUCUGUCCAAUCAUUGAUUAGAUUUAUGGAGGAUGCACGCAGUCUGUUUGAUGUAAAAGCACAGGGAGAUGGAGCUCAAGUGCUUUUGGCCUUGUUGAGUGAGUGCAGAAAUGAAAUACCAUCAUUGAGUGAACAUGAGUUCCAUUUGUUGGCGUCAUUUAUCGAUUCCGAAAUUUCUAAAGAAGCUCUUUCCAUCAUUGAAGUCCUGUCGGUCCACCAAGAUUAUAGAUCCAAAAUCAUGGCAUCUGGUGCUAUUCUCCCCAUCCUAAAGAUCCUUGACACCCAAAUCAGUGAUUCCCAGGUCUUUGCUGUUAAAAUACUAUAUAAUUUGUCACUGAACAGAGACAUUGGUUCCGAUAUUCAAUCAUUGGGGUGCAUCACAAAGCUCGUUCCUCUCCUGGGUGAUAGCUCACUUGCAGAGUAUUCCAUAAAAAUUAUCAGAAACUUAUCCAACACUGUAGGUGGAAGGGUUGCCAUAACUGAAAACAAUGGAUGUAUAGCUUCCAUUGCAGAACUACUUGAGACUGGCUCUCAUGAAGAACAAGAACAUGGAGUGGCUGUUUUCCUUUCUUUAUGUUUGCAACGUACUGAAUAUUGUCUGUUGGUACUCAGAGAGGGCGUUAUCCCACCUCUAGUGAACAUCUCUGUCAAUGGCAAUGCACGAGGAAAGGAGAGUGCAGUGGAAUUACUUCGGCUUUUGAGGGAUGUCAGAUCUGGUGAUUCUUUAGAAAAUUCACUUCCUCACCCUGGAGCUUAUCUUGAAUUUUCACAGGAUAGCAACAGCUCUAAAGAGAAGAAACCAUCUUACAAGGCUCCUGGAUUUUUUAGAAGGAAAUUGAAAGAACUGUCCAAACCCAGAUCUUUAGCUCUCUUCUGAGCCACAGGUGACUGAAUGGUUUUGUAUUGUGGAGUAGAUCGAGCAACUUCUGGGAAUGAUUUCCUGUACAAAAUUCAAAGGAUUCAACUAAUUUAUCUGCUUAUCCAGGGGAGGCUGAAGAAUAUCUUUUUAGCAGGUACAUCAGUGGGUUAGUGAUCAACUUGGGCUGAUAAAAAUAACUUCUAGCAUGCAUUUUUCGUCCGUCUUGUUAUUCAUGUUUGUUUUGGCUGGUUUUGCUGGCUUGAUUCUUAAUAAAUAAUGUACAGUCUUGCUGUGUUUUUGUGAAUAGCAGGUUUUUGACACAGUAGUCAAUUUUUUGCACCUCUGAUCUGUAUUAGGAUGCUUUUUCUGUUAAGAUGUUGAAUGUAACAAAUUAUGUUCAGAUUGGCGUUGUGAUUUUGAUGACAUGAAUGUUUAUAGUCAUGCAGCGAUGCAAUAUUUGAA